ACCUCAAAUAGACCAAUCAAAUUCACCCCAUUCUCAUACUUUGAAGUCCAACUACCCAACACAUAUAUAUAUUUUUCAUUUGUAAUUGUAGCUUUCACAGCCCAACAAAAACAAAAUUCAUCUUUUUCUAAGCCUCAAGGUAAAAUAAAUGGGUGUUAACGGACACAAAGACGAGACUGAAAGGAAGGUUUGGAGUCUUUGCAAAAUGCCGUUCUGGCAAACCACCAACAACCCCACCUCUUCUUCUUCUUCCUCCUCUUCUUCCUCUUCCUCUUCUUCUUCCACUUGCGCCUCUUCCAGUUCUAUGAGUAGUAAUAGUAGCAUCGAUGGCAAUAAUGCUUGCCAGCAGAGUCACACUCACCAAAUUGGAGGAGAAAGAUCCACUCUUUAUUCUACCAAUACGGUGUCCCUUGUAGCCAAGUCUUUAUUGCCUACGAGGAGAAAACUCAGGCUUGAUCCUCCUAACAAGCUCUAUUUUCCUUAUGAACCUGGUAAACAGGUGAGGAGUGCUAUUGGCAUUAAGAACAUUUCUAAAUCUCAUGUGGCUUUCAAGUUCCAAACAACUGCACCAAAGAGCUGCUACAUGCGACCUCCUGGAGGUAUACUAGCUCCGGGUGAAAGUCUUAUUGCAACUGUAUUCAAGUUUGUGGAGCCUCCCGAGAACAAUGAGAGACCUAACUUGGAUCAGAAGAGUAGGGUCAAGUUCAAGAUCAUGAGCCUUAAAGUGAAAGGAGAAAUGGAAUAUAUUCCUGAGAUGUUUGAUGAGCAGAAGGAUCAAGUGGCAGUGGAGCAAAUUUUACGGGUCAUUUUUCUUGAUCCAGAAUGCCCCAACCCUGCACUGGAAAAACUGAAGCGACAAUUGGCUGAAGCUGAAGCUGAGCUCGAGGCACGCAAGAAACCUCCUGAAGACACAGGCGCUAGAGUAGUCGGUGAAGGGCUUGUUAUAGAUGAAUGGAAAGAAAGAAGGGAAAGAUACCUGGCUAAGCAGCAGGUUGAAGUGGAUUCUGUGUAAAAGGUUACUUGUGUGUGUUUGUUGUAAGCUAAGUUGUAUUAAUUUCUUGAGCUGAAGUUUCCUUUCAUGUGAUUUUGAGUUUUUGGCUUGUUGGUCUUGUUUGAGAUGGAUGUUGAGGUGUGCAAGAGAGAUUUAAGACAUCGAAGUUUGCAAAUCAAAAUUCACCAUCUGAAUGAUCAUACAAUGGUCAGCAAGGUCAACAACUAUUUUCUUUGGCCAUAAUAAUAAUAAUAAUAAAGAAAAAAUCUUGAA